CGAAAUAAAAUACCACUACCACCGCCACUGGAGCAAUAUAAACAAUGAAGAAUUUCCAAUUCGGUUUCGUUUUAUCGUGUUGCACGUAUUAUAAUCCAGAAAAGAUUUAGGCGUUUCCCCCCGCUUAAAGUGUAACAAAACACUAAAUUGAAGGCAUGAAUUGCAAGUGUAAAGUGCAUUUGAAAGUGGCAUAAGGAAAUAAUGGGUAAAGAAGUGUCCGCUGCUAUAAAAAACGCAACUAUGACAGUAUAUGAUGAACUGUACGAGCGCCUUUCAAAGGUUGGACAGGAGCAUUUGCUUAAAUUCUGGGAUGAGUUGUCGCUCGAUCAGCAGGAAAUCUUGGUGCGUGACAUAGCCGAACUCAAUCUGAAAGAAUUGAAAUUGUAUUUUGAACGUGCAACUGCAUCGCUGCAAGAGAAUGGCAUUAAGCUGGAUGAUCGCAUGCAACCAGUGCCUGAAGAGAAUCUAGUUAGCAUUGAGCGUACUGCCGAAGAGCGUCUCAAGGCUUAUGAAGAGGAGGGAAUGCGUCAGAUUAGUGCCGGACAUGUUGCUGUCUUGCUAAUGGCUGGUGGACAAGGCACCCGUUUGGGUUUCGCUCAUCCUAAAGGUAUGUACGACGUGGGUCUCCCAUCGAAAAAGUCCCUCUUUCGCAUACAAGCCGAACGCAUACAGAAACUAGAAGAAUUGGCUUAUGCCGCCACUGGCAAGCGUGGCGUGAUCACGUGGUACAUCAUGACAUCGGAACACACAAUACAACCAACCAACGAAUACUUCAUGGCCAACAACUAUUUUGGACUGAAAAAGGAGAAUAUCAUACUCUUCGAACAGGGUUCAUUGCCAUGUUUCGAUUAUGAUGGUCGCAUCAUCUUGGAUCAAAAACAUCGUGUCGCACGUGCACCCGACGGUAAUGGUGGAUUGUACAGAGCAUUGAAGCAACAAGGCAUACUGGAUGAUAUUAAGAAACGCGGUGUUUUGUAUUUGCAUGCGCACAGUGUGGAUAAUAUAUUGAUUAAGGUGGCCGAUCCGGUAUUUAUCGGUUAUUGUGUACAAGAGAAUGCCGACUGUGCCGCCAAGGUUGUGGAGAAAUCACAUCCCAAUGAAGCUAUCGGUGUGGUGGCCAUAGUGGAUGGUAAAAAUCAGGUGGUGGAAUAUAGUGAAAUUUCGGCGAAAACCGCUGAAAUGCGCAAUCCCGACGGGCGUUUAACUUUCAGUGCUGGCAAUAUUUGUAAUCAUUUCUUCUCGGCAGCUUUUUUGCAUAAAAUUGGUGAAACAUAUGAGAAAGAGUUGAAACUACAUGUGGCCAAGAAGAAGAUACCAUUUGUGGAUAACUCAGGCAAACGUAUUGCACCAGAGAAACCCAAUGGCAUCAAGAUUGAAAAGUUCGUCUUCGAUGUGUUUGAGUUUGCGCAAAAAUUUGUGGCUAUGGAAGUGCCACGUCACAUAGAGUUCAGCGCGUUGAAGAAUGCCGACAGCGCUGGCAAGGAUUGUCCAUCGACGGCACGUGCAGAUUUAGCGCGUCUACAUAAAAGUUACAUUGAAGCAGCUGGCGGUAUUGUGCAUGGUGAAGAAUGUGAGAUUUCACCGUUUGUCAGUUACGCUGGCGAGAACUUGACGCCGCUGGUGGCUGGCAAAUCAUUCACAAGUCCGGUUUACUUACGCAGCAAUCGUGAUCCCUACCAUGGACAUCUGUGACUUGGUUUUGUUUAAGAAAUGUGAAUAUGCUGAUAAAUACAAUAAGAGUAGUUGACUGAUGUUAACUGUGUAUGUACAGUUGUAAAUGCAGUUAAAGCUAGAUUUGUAUAGUUUUUGUUAUGGUUUCCGUUAAUUUAAUAUAAAAAUUUAUGUUUAACGUAUAUAGAACAAAAUUUAUUGAUUUGUAGACGACGCGUUGCAAUGUCUACAAAUAUUGAAUAGUUAUUUUAUAAUCAAAAUUUAAAAAAGCUUUGCUUGAAAUAAAAAAAGGUAUAUUUUGCUUAGCAAAAAUUCAAUCCUAUGCUACUUAAAAUUACCUAUGAUUUCAACAUAUUAAUUAUCCAGUUAGUUGUAAUAUUUUAUUUUUGUAAAUUUUUCCUUAUUUUUUUAACAUUAUUGCCACUAUUAUACAUUAAAAUACCUGUGACAAACCAUGUUUUUAUAUGACUUUAUGCUUUUUCCGGUAGCUCUUGUAAAUUUUGAGGUUAAAAAUUAUUCGUGAAAAAAUAAGUGCAAUCUACAUAUAUCACUAAUCAUGUACUACAUACAUUUAUACAAUGCAAUAUUAUGCAAAUAAAAAUUAUAUUAUGAAAAUUAAGAA